AUGAAGAUAGACAAUGGCUUAUCAAAAUUGGGUAAAAUUACAUUUUCGGGCACUGAUAAUGGUCUUGUCACUAUGACGGAAACUGCUGACUUUGACAUGAAAAGAUUUAAAUUCCACCUUGAUCUAUAUAACAAACACGCUGCUUUAGAAAACCUGUCAGAAGAAGGUAAGGUGGAUACUGAUAUAAUGGAUCGUGCUGUUACUAACAUUAAUAUGCUCAAUCAUUACGUUUCAGGACAAGAAACAAGUGAAUAUACUAUUCAAAUACCCUCAUACAUGGUCCAUGCAUUUGAAGUUGACUACAAAAACGGUGCACAAAAAUAUAAAAAACAGCGUGAACGUGCUAAAAACCUUACUGAUAUAAGACGCCAAGUGAUGGAAACCGAGGCCCUUUUAAGCAAAGUUGAUACGACUAGUGCUAGAAACCUUGAGCAUUUAAAUGAACUGCAUAAUAUGUAUAUUGAACAUAAACAUAUUAUACGAAAUUUCUACUACUCGCCAAGUCGACUGAAGCAAAAAAGAGCUUACGAAUUACAAAAGCGCAAAUACACUGACAGACUUUGUUCAAAUGAGCGCAGAUAUGCUACAUCUUCUAGAAAGACAGAACUUACCAUAUUUGCUGGUGACCGUGGUUUAGUACAAGCAAUUUACAAGAAUGGUACAGGACGAUUGCGAACAAUUAAUGGCGCGUUUAUCUGUGACAACCCAAGUUUUGUCUCUGUUCAAGCAAAGAAGGCUGUAAAAGGAAUAGAUAACUUAUCUGCAAUGGAAAUUGGACUUUCCGGUUUAGCUUCACUCCUUUUUGAUGCAAUAUUUCCUCAAAUUGAUCCGCAAGCCAGUCAACCCAACACUGAUAAAUUUAAAACGAAUGCCGCUUCUUUCUUUACUGCAAACGAAGAUAGGCCUGCUGUCGAUGACAGUAAUAUUUCUUGA